GCUUUGGAGAAUGCCGUGCACCCGCAGGAGAGUGUACGUGGGAUGUUUCUGCAUGCAGGCUGUUUACUGAUAACUUUUCUUCGCUUUGCCGGACUGUAUUCGCAUCUGCGUGGAGGCUCUUGACUCACACCACGGAUUCGAUGGGUAGAAGCGCGCGCCAGAAGCAACACAGGACUGCACUCGCGACCGCUAUGCUUUUCUGCAGACUUAUCAUCCUUGCUGCGUCUUUGACAGGCAGCGCGUCGGCGCAAGUUUUUGACAGCUAUGGAUUAUCGUACGCCCUGAGAUCGGAACUUUCAGAGGAUGCCAUUCUGGUGGCUAAUAACGGAAUACACGUGCCGUUCGGGAGGUCCGUUUAUAUUGAUCCGUUCAACGAUUUAGUUAUCCAAGUACAGCCAGGAGACAGAUGCAGCAUAACAGUUCUUGACAACGAUCCACUGUCGCAGAGACCGGGGUUGCUUUCUCCCAAAAAGUUUCCCUGUGAAUUCGGCCCUAAUGACGUGAAGUACUCACAUUUCGGCGCGAGGAGCCCUUCGAAGGACAGAGUGAAGUUGCAACUCAGGUAUGACACUCAAACCGAUACUGUAAUUAUUCCGUUCAUGAUAGAAGUCGAAGUCGUUUUCACCCAGCUGGAGGUAAUUACUAAAAAUAUGCCACUCACAGUGGAAAAACUGCUUGGAAACAGUAAUCCUAUUGACAAAAAGAUUUUAGAGUUCACCUUUGACAGAAAUUCACAGCAGUGCAAGGUGACAUCUUUAGCCAGUGGCAGUUCAUUGCCCAGAUACGGAAAACUUGUUGACGAUGACAGGCUGGGGAAAUCAAUAGACUGUGAUGAGUUCCUGAAGUCAGAUUUCCGCUACCAGCACACAUUCACUCUCAAGUCACCGAACAGAGAUUAUGUUCCAAUGAUUGUGGAAUUACAGGACAAAGAGGGCAACCUGCUUAAACACGAGCUCUUCCAGAUCAUGGUGCGGAUAAGGGAAGGGGGGGAGAACGCGGCCCCUAAGCCAAGCUUUGUGGCUAUGAUGAUGAUGGAGGUCGACCAGUUCGUCAUGACCGCCCUAACUCCUGACAUGCUGGCGGCGGAGGACGCAGAGUCCGACCUUGACGACUUAAUCUUCAACAUCACCUCCCCCCUGUCCUUUGAGGAGGGCUACAUCGUGAGCACCGACGACAGGAAUCUGCCCAUCACGUCUUUUUAUCAGGGCGACCUGAAGGAGCUAAAAAUAGCCUACAAGCCCCCCUCCGUGGACUCCGACACUGAGAGGAUUUUCCAGAUCGAGUUCGAGGUGGUGGACACGGACGGCGCCGUCUCCGACCCCUUUGCGUUCAUGAUCGUGGUGAAGCCCAUGAACUCGCUGGCGCCCGUGGUGACCCGGAACACGGGCCAGCUGCUGUACGAGGGCCAGUCCAGGCCGCUGUUCAGCGGCAACAACCUGCGGAUCAGCGACGAGGACAACCUGGACGACGUCCGGAUCGCCGUGAUCGACGGGCUGCGGCACGGCGAGCUCACCGUCCUGGGCUCCGGCAGGAAGUUCUUCACGGCCGCGGACCUGGACGCCGGCACCGUCAUCUACCAGCACGACGGCAGCGACACCUACAGCGACAACGUCGUCUUCAGGAUGACCGACGGCAGGAACGAGGUGGAGUUCCUGUUCCCCGUCACCGUGGUGCCGACGGACGACGAGCCCCCGAUCGUAAACGCCAACACCGGGCUGGUCUUGUUCAAGAACCAGAUGAUCCCCAUUUCCCCUCUGGUGCUCAGCGCCACCGACAUCGACUCGGAAGACUCCACCAUUGAGUUCACCAUCGAGCCGCCAUUUUCCGCCAUCGGGGAGGUGCUGCUGCGCCAGUCCGAAGCGCCCGAAGACCCCUCCUCCUGGAAGUUCAACGCAAACGAUCAGAUGUACGAGAAAGUAGUGACAGAGUGGCUCCAGCAGGACAUCACUGACAGGAAGCUGUUUUACCGCCACACGGGGCCCCACAUCACGGACAUAGUCACGGAUCAGUUUGCGUUCCGGGUUCAGGACGACAACGACCCUCCCAACCAAUCAGAAGAAAGCACCUUCGUCAUCAAGGUCCUCCCCAUUGACGACGUUCCGCCAGAGCUCUUCCCCGGCACCACGCUGCAUAUGACGGUGCACGAGUACCAGCUGACGCACUUCCGCAAACACCUCCUGCGCUACACCGACCUGGACUCGGAGGACCGCGACCUGAAGUACACCGUCGUCCAGCCACCGACCGACACGGACGAGAACAGCCCCGUCGUCCUGGGGUCGGUCGUUUUGACGGAAAGCCCCGACACCGAGGUGACCGAGUUCACCCAAGCGCAGGUCAACCAUCACAAAAUCGCGUACAACCCUCCUGACUUGGAGCUGGGGAUCACCGCCCAUGUGGUGCAGUUCCGUUACACCGUCGAAGACAAUGCUGGCAACAGCGUGGAGGGCACCUUCACCAUCUUCCUGAAGCCGGUGGACAACAAACCCCCCCAGAUUACCAACACCGGCUUCACCGUAUUUGAACGAGGGUCUCACAUCGUCACAAGCUCGGAACUGGAUACCGUCGACCCCGACACCGACAGCAAGCAGAUUUCCUUCGCUCUCAGCCAGCUCCCUCUUCACGGCCAGAUCCAGUACUCCUUCGCCGACCUGAGCAAAGGGGACGCGUUCAACCUGGACGACAUUUCCAGCGGCAAGAUCUCCUACAUGCACGACGGGGGCGAAUCCACCAGCGACGCCUUCCGGUUGGACGUCAGCGACGGCGUCCACGUGGUGACGGUCAACGUCAAGGUCGUCGUGAAGCCCGUGGACGACGAGACGCCCACCAUCAGCCUGCCGCCUGGCACCAUCGGGUCGUACAUAGACGUCCUGGAAAAUGGCGCUACCGAGAUCACAACCAGCACCCUCCAAGGCAGGGAUGAGGACACCGACGACCUCAUGCUGACCUUCAUUGUCGAAGAUCCGCCAGUCCUAGGGGAGAUCCUGGUGAAUGGGGUGCCCUCUGAUAGGUUUACCCAAGCUGACAUCAUUAACGGCCUGGUUGUGUACGCCCACACGAGCGGGGAGAUUGGCUUACUAACUAAGCUGGACUACUUCAACCUGACUCUCACGGACAUGUCCGAGGAGUGGACUGUAGGGGGCAACAAAGUGAACGGCGUCCGUGUUGAGGUCACGGUCCUCCCAGUGGACAGCCAGGCCCCAGUGGUCACCGUGGGCCCUCAGUUUGUCGUGGUGGAAGGGGAGAAGAACGUCAUCGAUAUCGGCCAAAUAAGUGCGGAGGACGCGGACACGCCCAACGACGACGUCCUGUGCACCAUCAUCGUGCAGCCCAGCUCCGGCUACGUGGAGAACAGCUCCCCUGCUCCAGGCUCGGAGAAGUCUCGCUCGGGGACGGCAGUCAGUGCUUUCACCAUCAAGGACAUCAGAGACAGUCACGUAAAUUAUGUGCAGAGCAUCCACAAAGGUGUCGAGCCAGUGGAGGACAGGUUCACGUUCAGGUGCUCCGACGGCAUCAACUUUUCCGAGAGGCAUUUCUUCCCCAUUGUGAUCAGUCCCGCUAAUGACGAAAAGCCAGAGAUCUUCAUGAGGGAGUUUGUGGUGAUGGAAGGAAUGAACGUUGUCAUCGACACGCCUGUUUUGAAUGGUGCUGAUGCUGACAUCCCUUCUGACGAGCUGACGUUUAUCAUCACCAAGCUGCCCAAACAUGGUUACAUCCUAAACCAGUUAACCACAGGCUCGGUUCCGGUCACUAACUUCACCCUUGAUCAGAUCAAGGAGGCUUCCAGCAUCGUCUACGAGCACGACGACUCAGAGACCACAGAAGACGGCUUUGACGUCGUUCUCACCGAUGGAAAAUUCACCGUAGAGGAAACUGUCGUCAUCAUGAUAAUCCCGGUUGAUGACGAAACCCCAAGGAUGGCCAUCAAUGACGGCCUGGAAGUCGAGAUAGGCGAGACAAAGAUCAUCAGCGGAAAGGUCCUAAAGGCGACCGAUUUGGACUCGGAGGAUGACAAGCUGACUUACAUAAUUCGAUACGGACCCGGUCAGGGCCUGCUGCAGAGGAAGAUGCCUUCCGGGCUCGUGGAAAACAUCACCGUGGGCAUGAACUUCACGCAGAGCCAAGUGAACGAGGACCUCGUUGUGUAUGUUCACAGCGGACAGGAGGGCGUCCGCGACUUGCUGAAGUUUGACAUCACUGACGGCAGCAACCCCCUCAUCGACAGGUACUUCUACAUCACCGUGGGUGGCAUUGACAUGGUGUUCCCUGAUGUGGUGAGCAAAGGGGUUUCUCUGAAGGAGGGCGGGAGGGUGACCCUCACCACAGACCUGCUCAGCACCAGCGACCUGAACAGCCCAGAUGAGAACCUGGUCUUCACCAUUACCCGGGCACCCGUGAGGGGUCACCUGGAGUGCACAGACACACCCGGGAUGCCCAUUGUGUCCUUCACCCAGAUGCAGCUGGCGGGGAGCAAGGUCUACUACAUCCACACCUCUGACGACGAGGUGAAGAUGGACAGCUUCGAGUUUGAGGUGACCGACGGCUACAACCCGGUUUUCCGCACCUUCCGGGUGUCCAUCGUCGACGUCGACAACAAGAAGCCCGUGGUGACGGUGCACGGGCUGGUGGUGACCGAGGGCGAGAACAAGCUGAUCACGCCAUUCGAGCUGACGGCGGAGGACCAGGACUCCGCCGACCGCCUGCUGAAGUUCACCGUCACCCAGGUUCCCGUCCACGGCCGGCUCCUCUUCAACAACAGCCGGCCCGUGGCCUCCUUCACCAAGCAGGACCUGGACGAGAACCUGAUCAGCUACAAGCACGACGGCACGGAGUCCUCGCAGGACAGCUUCUCCUUCACCGUGACCGACGGCACGCACACCGACUUCUACGUCUUCCCCGACACCGUGUUCGAGACCCGCAGGCCGCAGACGAUGAAGAUCGCCAUCGUCUCCGUCGACAACGGGGUCCCGCAGAUCGUGGUCAACAAGGGCGCCCCGACCUUGAGGACCCUGCCGACGGGUAACCUGGGGUACAUGAUCACCAGCAAGGCUCUGAAGGCCGAGGACAGAGACAGCACCCAGGCCUCGCUCGUCUUCAGGAUAACUCAUGAGCCCGAGCACGGCUACCUCGUCGACCUGGGCAAAGGAAAUAACAGCAUCACCACAUUCACCCAAGCCGACAUUGAUGAUAUGAAGAUCUGCUAUGUACUGAGGGAUGGAGAAAACGCUACCAUGGACAUGUUCCACUUUUCUGUGGAGGACAACGGGGGCAACAGGCUGAAGAAGCAGGCGUUCCGGCUGAACUGGGCCUGGGUGUCCCUGGAGAGGGAGUACUACGUGGUGGACGAGGAGGCCAAGUUUCUGGAGGUGGUGCUGAAACGCCGGGGUUACCUGGGAGAGACCUCCUUCGUUAGCAUAGGCACGCGGGACGGCUCGGCGGAGGAAGGGAAGGACUUCCGGGGGAAGUCCCAGCGGCAGGUCCAGUUCAACCCGGGCCAGACCGCGGCGUCCUGGCGGGUGCGGAUCCUGGCGGACGGCGAGUUCGAGCGCUCCCAGACCUUCCAGAUCGUCCUGAGCGAGCCCGUCAUGGCCGCGCUCGACUUCCCCCCCGCCGCCACCGUGGAGAUCCUGGACCCGGCUGACGAGUCCACAGUCUUCAUCCCCCAGUCGGCCUACGCCGUCGAGGAGGACGUCGGCGAGCUGCUGAUCCCCGUCCGCAGGAGCGGCGACAUCAGCCAGGAGCUCAUGGUCAUCUGCUACACCCAGCAAGGCUCGGCCACGGGCACCGUCCCCAGCGCGGUCCUGUCCUACUCAGACUACAUCUCCCGGGCGGAGGAGCACGCCAGCGUCCUGCGUUUCGACAAGGGCGAGGCGGAGAAGGCCUGCCGCGUGGUCGUCAUCGACGACUCGCUGUACGAGCCGGAGGAGAGCUUCAACGUCACCCUCAGCCUGCCCGUGGGGGGGCGGCUGGGCGGCGACUUCCCCUCCGCCCGCGUCACCAUCCUCCCCGACCUGGAUGACGCGCCCGUCUUCUACUUCGGGGAGAUGGAGUACCGCGUGGACGAGAGCGACAGCUUCGUGGAGGUGCGGGUGUGGAGGACCGGGACGGACCUCUCCAAAACGGCCACCGUCACCGUGCGCUCCCGCAAAACCGACCCCGUUUCCGCCGAAGCCGGCCUGGACUACGUGGGGAUCAGCCGAAACCUGGACUUCGCCCCAGGGGUGAACAUGCAGACCUUCCGCGUGACCAUCCUGGACGACCUGGGCCAGCCCGUGCUGGAGGGGACGGAGAGGUUCGAGCUGGUCCUCCGCAUGCCCGUCAACGGCGUCCUGGGGGAGCCGGGCAGGGCCACCGUCUACAUCAACGACUCCGUCUCCGACUUGCCGAAGGUCCAGUUCCGGGAGGCGGCGUACGUGGCGAAGGAGCACGAGGGCCGGGUCUCGGUCGCGGUCUUCCGCAGCGGCGACGUCAGCUACCGGUCCACCGUGCGCUGCUACACCCGCCAGGGCUCCGCCCAGGUCGCCGACGACUUCGAGGAGCGGCCCAACACCGACGCCUCCGUCAUCACCUUCCUGCCAGGGGAGGUGGAGAAGCCGUGCGCGGUGGUUCUGACCGACGACACGGUGCACGAGGAAGACGAGGAGCUGCGGCUGGUGCUGGGGAGCCCCAGAAGCGCCUCCCCUUUCGGGGCGUCCGUCGGGGCGCUGAGCGAGACGGUCGUCAGGAUAAAGGACGACGCGGACAAGCCCAUAAUCAAAUUUGGCGAGACCAAGUUCAGCGUGAGCGAGCCGAAGGAGAGCGGGCAGGUUUCCACGGUGACGAUCCCGGUGCUCCGCGUGGGCGACGCCUCCCAGGUGUCGGUGGUCCGGGUGCACACCAAGGACGGCUCCGCCACCUCCGGGGAGGACUACCACCCCGUGUCCGAGGACAUCGUGUUCAAGGCAGGGGAGAGGGAGCACAGCGUGGAGGUGGAGGUUCUGUACGACGGCGUGAGGGAGAUGAGGGAGGCCUUCACCGUUCACCUGAAGCCCGACGAGAACAUGGUGGCCGAGACGCAGAUGAGCAAGGCCAUCGUGUACAUCGAGGAGACCAACAGCAUGGCCGACGUCACCUUCCCCUCCGUGCCCCAGGUGGUGUCUCUGCUCCACUACGACGACGCGGCGGCCCGGGUCAAGGAGGGUCUCCGCCCCCCCGCCGGGUACCCCGUGGUCUGCGUCACGGCCUGUAACCAGAAAUACUCGGACUACGAGAAAACGGGCUCCAUCUGCGUCAGCGAGCACAUCAACGACACGCUGACCCGGUACCGCUGGCUCGUCAGCGCCCCCAGGGGGCCGGACGGCGUCACCAGCCCCAUGCGCGAGGUGGACUUCGACACCUUCUUCACCUCCUCCAAGCUCAUCACGCUGGACUCGGUCUACUUCCAGGCGGGCUCGCGGGUCCAGUGCGCCGCCCGCGCCGUCAACUCCGACGGGGAGGAGGGGCUGGAGCUCAGCAGCCCCAUCACCUCCAUCAGCGUGGAGGAGGGCAUGUGCCAGCCGCGCAAGGUGGGCACGGUGGGCGCCGAGCCCUUCUCCGCCAAGCUGCGCUACACGGGUGCCGAUGACUCGGACCACGCCAACCUCAUCAAGCUGACCGUCACCAUGCCCCAUAUGGACGGCAUGCUGCCGGUGAUCUCCACGCGGCCCCUCUCGAAUUUCGAGCUGACGCUGAGCCCGGACGGGACGCGGGUGGGGAACCACCGCUGCUCCAACCUGCUGGACCACGACGAGGUGUCCACCCGCCACGGCUUCCUGACCGACGCCACCAAGAACCCCGAGCUGAUCGGCGAGACCUCGCCCUACCAGUACAGCGCCCCCCUCAGGGGGGGCAACACCCUGCGCUUCUACCGGAACCUCAACCUGGAGGCCUGCCUGUGGGAGUUCGUCAGCUACUACGACAUGUCCGAGCUGCUCACCGACUGCGGGGGCACCAUCGGCACCGACGGACAGGUGCUGAACCUGGUCCAAUCCUACGUGACGCUGCGGGUCCCCCUGCACGUGUCAUACGUGUUCCACUCCCCCGUGGGGACGGGGGGCUGGCAGCACUUCGACCUGCAGUCCGAGCUGCGGCUCACCUUCGUGUACGACACCGCCAUCUUGUGGAAGGAGGGCAUAAGCAGCCCCCCACAAGCGGAACUACAGGGUGCCCUGUACCCCACCAGCAUGCGCAUCAACGAGCACGGCCGCCUGGUGGUCAACUUCCGCACGGAGGCCCGUUUCCGGGGUCUCUUUGUGACAUCACACUCCGGUGGGUUCCCACGGCGACCUAUUAAUGUUAUUUUGCCCGGUUUGCUGCCAGCCUCCCCAUUGGCCUCCAUGAUCAUGUGUGCUGACCACCCCGGCCUGACCUUCAACCUGACCUUGGUGAGGACCGAGCCUACGUACAACCAGCCCCUGCAGCAGUGGACCUUCAUCUCCGACUUUGCCGUGCGGGACUACUCGGGUACCUACACAGUGAAGCUGGUCCCCUGCACGUCCAACCCCAACCAGGAGUACGCCAUCCCCCCUGUCUGUAACCCCAGGGAACCCAUCACCUUCGACCUGGACAUCCGCUUCCAGCAGGUGAGCGACCCGGUUGCUGUGGAGUUCAGCCUGAACACGCAGAUGUUCCUCCUGUCCAAGAAGGACCUGUGGCUGUCGGACGGGACCAUGGGCUUCGGCCAGGAGAGCGACACGGCCUUCUCACAGGGUGACGUCGUCUACGGGCGGGUGAUGGUGGACCCGGUGCAGAACCUGGGCGAGUCCUUCACCUGCAGCAUCGAGCGGGUCUUCCUCUGCACGGGCGCCGACGGCUACGUGCCCAAGUACAACCCCGCCAAGUUCGAGUUCGGCUGCCUGGCGGACUCCCCCUCCCUCCUCCACAGAUUCAAGAUCAUCGACAAAGCUCAGCCAGAGACGCAGGCGAGGUUCUUCGGAAACGCGGACUUCGGGGCGGUGCUGGCGCUGGACGACCCGGAAGCUCUUUCGCUGGUGAAACAGCCGGGGUCGGACGGGUUCAGAGUCGACUCCGCCGCCAUGUUCCAGGGUGCCGCUGGGCGGGAGUGGUACAUCCACACCAUCUACACGGUGCGCUCGCGGAACAACGCUAACCGCGGGCUGGGCAAGAGGAGCCUGGAGUACCACGCCCUGUCGGCGAGCGGCGGCCUGGUCCCGGGGGGCCCGCCCCGCCCCCGGAGGUCUGCCGCGGACCCCCCCGCCGAGGCGGCCCAGAUCGGCGCCGACAGCAACCGCGGCACCAACAUCAUGCACAUCGCCCUGGACCGGGCGCGGUCCGGUUCCGCCCGCCGCCCGGCGGCCGACGCCCUGCUGCCCCAGGAGCUGAGCGGGCAGGGCGAGGAGCGGGGGCUGGUGACCGCCGUGGGGGUGCUGGUGGGCCUCCUGCUGACCGUCCUGGUCGCGGUCGUCCUCGCCCUGCUGCUGCUGAGGUCCAGGCAGAGUAAAAAGGAGGAGGAGGCAGAGGAGGAAGCGAGGCCCAAAGGGAAGAGCCGCAGGGAGCCAAUGGUGUUGCGGGGGGGCGGGAGCAAUGACAGUUCGGAAGUCUGACAUCACAGGAGGAUGUGUCCAGGAAAUCUACUGAAAAAUGUUGUGUUUACUCAUUUUGUUCGAUUUUUAUUUUGUUACAUUUUUAUUUUUUUAUAAGUGCCUCAAACCCAUCACAUCUGGACUUUCGGCAAAAUACACCCCGGAGGACUGCAGUUCUAUGGGCGUGGCCCCCGGCCACCUGGAUGAGGGACUGCUACGAUUGCACCUCGAAUAAAUGGACCAAAGUGAUUGGCUGCCUCAGAUCUUGGCCAAUGGUGCUUCUCUAGCAUGGAGACAGAUGCUUGAAAGCAAAUACAGCACCAGCCUGAGGUCACUGGCAGUUAUGUGCCAAGACAAUCCCCACUGCAGUGAAAUCACAGGCAGAUCAAAUACAUACAGCUUAUCCUGUGCUAUUGUGGUACACCCAAAUCUGAAUAUUAUUUACUCUUCUCAGACUGUGAAUGGUCCUUAUUGCUUAUUGAAUUUUCCGGCAAUAUGUUGGAGCUUUAAAAUUCAGGUGCGGGAUUAAAAUCCGGGAACUGUGUUGUAGUGGGGAUUUGUAAAUUUGUCUCAAGUUAGAUGCGAUCUUGUGCCGGUUUGCUUCGCUAAGUUCAUCGUAUCAGAGCCAGCUGGUCCUCCCUUCUUGAAAAGAGGCACUUGGUUUUAAUUCAAGUUCUCAUCAGUGUUUGUCGACCCAAAAAAGGAACGUUCAGUUCAUCCAAAGGUGCUAGGUGCGCCCUUUUUCUGCUGAAUCCAAAUAUUUCAUGAAAUAUUUACUUUUAAAAAAGGAGCCAUUUGUUAUUAGCAGAAUAAUAGUACUGCAAAAGCUCAUGCAAAAGUUCAAGUUGGUACAUAACUAUUAUAUCAAACUUGAGGAACUGUGACGUUCAUGUUAUGUGGUUUUUCUUUUUGUAGCAGUUUU